AGGGGACCUUCUGAUUAGGAGACCUCCCUGCGGCCAGGGAGGCCGCACACCUUCCCAGCAGGAGGGUGGUGGCUUGCUCCUGGAGGCCUAGGACCAGCAGCUAAAGCCAUGGCCACCACCACGUGCCAGGUGGUGGGGCUCCUCUUGUCCCUCAUGGGUCUGGCCGGCUGCAUAGCCGCCACCGGGAUGGACAUGUGGAGCACCCAGGACCUGUACGACAACCCAGUAACCUCUGUGUUCCAGUAUGAAGGGCUCUGGAGGAGUUGCGUGCAGCAGAGCUCAGGGUUCACCGAGUGCCGGCCAUACUUUACCAUCCUGGGCCUUCCAGCCAUGUUGCAAGCAGUACGAGCCCUCAUGAUCGUGGGCAUUGUUCUGGGCGUCUUCGGUAUUCUAGUGUCCAUCUUUGCCCUGAAGUGCAUUCGGAUUGGCAGCAUGGAUGAUUCUGCCAAGGCCAAGAUGACCCUGACCUCGGGGAUCCUGUUCAUCAUCUCAGGAAUCUGUGCAAUUAUUGGUGUGUCCGUGUUUGCCAACAUGCUGGUUACCAACUUCUGGAUGUCCACAGCUAACAUGUUCGGUGGUAUGGGUGGGAUGGUGCAGACCGUUCAGACGAGGUACACCUUUGGUGCGGCUCUAUUCGUGGGCUGGGUCGCUGGAGGCCUCACACUAAUUGGGGGCGUGAUGAUGUGCAUUGCCUGCCGUGGCCUGACCCCGGAUGACAGCAACUUCAAAACCGUGUCUUACCAUGCCUCUGGCCAAAAUGUUGCCUACAAGCCUGGAGGCUACAAGGCCAGCACUGGCUUUGGGUCCAACAUCAGAAACAAGAAGAUCUAUGACGGGGGUGCUGCCCGCACAGAGGAAGAUGAACAAUCUCAUCCUACCAAGUAUGACUACGUGUAAGGCUCUAAGAUACCCCCCAGUGGGUGCCGAAGAAACCCUUCCCCAAGAAGAGCUCGCCCCAAACCAAGGACAUUCUACCUUGUUCCAUUAUUGCUUUUGACUGACAGUGGGAAACUUGUAAAGCCUUAAUUUCAUCCAUGGUGAGGUUAGACAGUCUUGGCCAC